AUGAAGAUCCGCGAUCGCCUUAGAGCGUUUAGGGAGAAACUCCGUUUCCAACCAAAGGCGAUUGUGGAGAGGGAGGACCCACUAAGCCCCAUAAAGAUCACGAAGAACAUGAGACGCCUGGAACGAGACUUCAGACCUGUGGCACAAUUUUUUAACAACCUGUCUGCUUUAUCCAGCUGGCACUCUGUGUACAUGACAGCCUGUUUUUUCUGUCUGUACAUGUGCACAGUGUGGUUUAGCUGGACCAUUUCCUCCAUCGUGCUCCUCGUGAUUCUCCAACUUUCCAUAAAUUAUUUAAUUUCCAAAGGCUGGAGGAUCCCGAGGAGCAUCAUACCCGACAUGUGUGAGCCAGGGGAACAUCUGAAAGGCACAGGUGUCUUACAUAUGGUCCACUUGGCUUUCGAUUCUGCUCACAAAACCCAGGAGCUUUUUGGAAACAUGGCCGACACGCUUGAGAAGAUCAAAAAUCUGUGCAUUUGGGUCCGGCCAGAGCCCACAGUAAAGAUCUACGUGGGACUCUGGCUGGUUUUGCUCUGCUCAUGCGUGUUGCCAUACAAGCUGCUGGGUUUAAUCCUAGGUGUUUCUGUAGGGAUCAAGUUUUUCAUCAUUGACUUGAUCUUCAAAAGGUUCCCGAAGCUGCGGCAGCGGUUUAACACCCCCUACAACUUCUGGGCUAGUUUACCCACCGACCUGCAGCUGAGGGAGCCCAGAAACACCUGGUGGAGCAGAUGGAUUGCCACGGCAAGGGCCCGAUGGAGCACGGCCCGAAGGAGCAUUUCUAAUGCUCUUCUCGGUGCCAGAGAGAGGCGUUUUCUCCCUCAACGCUCUCGAUUCAUUGGGACCUUGCAAAAGUGGCGAUUCGGGGGUCUUCUUCAGGCCCGCUUCACCUCCGGCAUCUUCCCUCAGCGCAUGGACUCUCCUCUGUCCCGCGGUUCCCCGGCGGCAGCCGACCCGCUUCGGCCUCCACGUCGUAAGUGUGUCGAGCAGCACUUGAAACAGUCCCUACCAGCGUUUGGAGUUCCAAUGCGUCCUCCGAAAGUCUUUCACCACGACCCAAUCACCGGGUUUGAUGGCAUGUAG